AACAAUGGUAUGAUGUCCUUUGACAAGCCUGUUCCUGAAUAUACUCCCAAACCAAUUCCUCUGACAGAUGGAAGGGCUUUUGUUGCCCCAUACUGGGGAGAUGUCAACAAUAAGCUAGGGGGGCAUGUCUGGUAUCGGCAGACAAAAGACCCAGCAAUCUUAGAUCGUAUAUCCAAGGAUAUGAAGAAGCAUUAUCCCGAUUCUCAUUUCAUUGCCGACUGGGCUUUGAUUGCCACCUGGGAUCAUGUGGCCUAUUUUGGAAGUGCUUCCAAUAAGAGAAACACUUUCCAGUGUGUCUUAACAAAGGAUAAAAAAGGCUCCUCCUAUGCUAUACUCAACUAUGGAGACAUACAAUGGACCACUGGUACAGCAAGUGGCGGGCAUCCCAAGACAGGUCUGGGAGGAACCGCAGCACAGGCUGGAUUCAACACUGGGGAUAAUAAAAACUACUAUAGUAUCCCUGGUUCCCGCUCUGCUCAUAUUCUCAACAUUAUUAACACUAGUAAUGUGGAAGUCCCAGGACGCUGGGUAUUCCGGGUGGAUAAUUUCACAGUGACUGGAGUUCCUGAAGAACUCCAGAAAUUAAUACCCCCUGUAGAGGAGGAGCCAGAACCUUCUGAAGAGGAAGAGCCAGAACCUUCUGAAGAGGAAGAGCAACAGACCCAUGAAGAAGAGCCACAGACUCAUGAAGAAGAGCCACAGACUCAUGAAGAAGAGCCACAGACUCAUGAAGAAGAGCCACAGACUCAUGAAGAAGAGCCACAGACUCAUGAAGAAGAGCCACAGACUCAUGAAGAAGAGCCACAGACUCAUGAAGAAGAGCCACAGACUCAUGAAGAAGAGCCUCAGACCCCUAAAGAAGAGCCUCAGAUCCCUGAGGAAGAGCCUCCGGCCCCCGUAGAAGAGCCACCAGCCCCUGUAGAAAAGCCAACGGCCUCUGUAGAGGAAGAACCUGAAGGUUCCUCUGUGGAGCAAGAACCUGAGGAUUCCUUUGAGGAGGAAGAUUCCGAUGAAUAUUAUUAUGAUGAUGAAGAUUGUGACUGGUAAGUAUAUCCAAGACCUUUAGCAUAAGAAUCAGCUGUCUUUUCUUGCAAGCCUGUGAGCAAAACCUUCCUUUUGUCCACAAUAUUCUUGUCAUGACAGCAGAGACCGAUUCCUUCUUUUUUUCCAGAAAAAUACCACAUAAUGUUUUCAGAGAAUGUCACAUAAGCAAAUGACCUCCCUCUUGAUACUUCUUCCCAAUAAAAACAUAAGAGAUUUUUGUGGAGUCCCCCCCCCCCCCAUAUUUGAACAUCCC